GUCAGCGUCCCCCGUAAAACCCUAUACCUCGCGCCGUCUCCGUCGCCGUCUCUUCCGCGCCGCCGUCGCCGGCUCGCCGCCUCCACGACGCGGGGGCCCGACUUGCGCUUGCUCCCCGUUGUUCCUCGCUGGGAGCAGCCCGCCGGGCCAGGGGCGCGCCGGCGCCGCCUCCAAUCCUCCAUUCGGCGCACCCAACUCCGGCGCCUUCCUCCUCGAUUGGCUCCGGUGGUCGGUGGUUCUUGGCGGGCAGGAUGUUCUCGCUGAGCCUAAUUGAGCACGACCUGCCGAUGCCGCCGCACCUGCUGAGCCGCCCCCUCCCCGACGCCAUCAAGGCUGAGCUCGAGAGGCUCUUCUUGGACAAGGUUAUCGCGAACCUUGGGCUGUGCGUGUCUGUCUAUGAUAUCCGAUCCCUUGAAGGAGGGUCCAUCCAUCCAGGAGAGGGCUGCUCGAUCUAUAAAGUUUCAUUUCGUCUGCUGAUGUUCAGGCCAUUUAAUGGGGAGGUUCUUGUUGGGAGAAUUAGUGGAUAUGAUGAUAAGGGGUUGCAGGUUUCACUUGAAUUCUUCAAUGACAUAUGCAUCCCUGGACAUUUGAUGCAGUUUGGCACAGUGAGGGGACCAGAUGGUAGAUGGAUGCUGCGGACUGAAGAUAAUGAUGAGCUAUAUCUAGAUCUAGAUGAUGAGAUAAGGUUCUUGGUAUCUGGCACAAAGUACCCGCCUAUCCCAAUUGAGCAAAAAGCAGAUGACCCACCAUUUUCCCCAAUGCAGAUUGUUAACAUAUAUUGGAGUGAAGCCCAUGUGGGCCUUAGCCCUUGGCCCACUAAGUUCUUUCAGUUUUCAAGAGAAACAUUAAUCUCAAUUCCCAAGUUGCCAACGCAUAGCACUCUGUGUUUACAUAUAGGAAGUGGAGAGGUCACAUAAAGCUUGUGAUUGAUGGCAAGGGAAGUAUUAAAGGAGAUGGUCUUGGUCUUCUUGCUUGGUGGGCAGCUGAUGAAGAGGAGGGGGAGGAGGUGGCAGAGCAAUAGCAUCGUGUUGCUUCAGGGAUAUCUCUGUGUAGUUUACAAACUCAGCCUACUAGCAUGUUAGGUAAUUGCAUCUAGUAGCAGAUACGGCAUUUUAGAAUCUAACCUGACUUAUAUGUUUUAUUGUUUUGAGCCAUUUCAUGUAAAAACUGCAUAUGAAAAGUAGGUCAGAUUCUUAGGGCAAAGCAUGCAUGUACUACCCAAUUCUGUGUCAGAUGUGUAAUCUGAUAAUGCGGGGAUCUCUCCCAAGAGCAGACCCGCAACAUGGAAGUUCACUUUUAACCAGUGUGCUUGGUGUUACCUCCAGCAAGCAGCUGGGUAAAAGAUAUGGGAGUGGUGAAAACAACACUUGAUGUAUAAUUUUCUGUGAAGUGUAAACUGGUGGACAAGUUGCUAUUUC